AUGAGCUCGCUCAAGCAGCCCAUCGCCCUUUUAAAGGCGAUGCUGGUCAGGAUCCCAUUGAUCCUAAAGACCAUUCUCCUACAUGGCGCUCGAAUGUCGCCCGUGAGGGGAAAGCAGGACUUGCGCACUGAGUUAACGGUCGCCAUUAUCCGCUCAUUCAUUACAUUUACCACUCCGGUCGGCAAACUGCAGAAAGACAGCAUGCGCGAUCCUGGGAUCAAGGGCCCUAUGUGGGUGUCCAAAGUGACCCUGCCGCAGCCUGAGGUCGACGUGCGCGACGCUGUGUUGCGCGCAAUCGAGGACCUCAAGACCGGCGACGAGACCUAUGAUGUCCCCAACGCUGCUGCCGUCGAAGCCGAAUGGACUGGCUACCGUAGCAAAGUGGGAAAGCGCACAGCGCAACCAGAUAUCUCAGAAGAAGAGAAAUAUCACAAGCUGCGCGAGGAAUCACCGUCUGAUAUGACGAUCUUAUACUUCCACGGAGGCGCUUACUUCCUCAUGGACCCAUGCUCUCACCGUGUCCCCGUCGCACAUCUCUCCCACCGAACAGGUGCCCCAGUUCUGUCCGUCCGCUAUCGCCUAGCACCGCAGAACCCAUUCCCAGCAGGUCUAGUCGAUGCCCUCACAGCCUAUCUCUCGCUCAUCCACCCACCAGCGGGCUCCCUCCACAAGCCCGUGCCAGCAAACAAGAUCGUCUUAGCAGGUGACUCCGCAGGCGGCAACCUCUCACUAGUCCUCCUCCAAACCCUCUUGACCCUCCACCGCGCAUCCCACACAAUCCGCUUCCACGGCAAAGACAUACCCAUCGAACUACCCGGCGGCGUAGCAACCGUCUCACCAUGGUGCGAUGUCACACGCUCUAUGCCAUCAAUCCGCAAGAACGCGGUGUUCGACUACCUCGAUGCACCACCAGGCACAGACACUCCAUUCAAGCCAAUCCCCUUCCCCUCAGAUGAGGUUUGGCCUGCAUCCCCGCCGCGUGUGGAUAUGUUCUGCAACGCCAAUAUGGUUCUGCACCCAUUAGUCUCUCCGCUCGCUGCCCCAGCUGAGCUCUGGAAGAACGCACCUCCUAUCUGGAUCUCGGCUGGCGAGGAAGGCCUCACAGAUGAGGGUUUGAUAGUGGCGCGCCGUGUUCACCAGGCUGGUGUGCCUCUCGUCGCUGAGGUGUUCGAGGGUAUGCCGCAUUGCCAUGGUUUGCUCAUGAUCUCUACGCCGUCCGGCCGCCGUUUCUUCGAGAGCUUUGCUGGGUUCUGUCGUGAUGCUGUGGCUGGUCGUGUUGCGUCAUCCGGUAACCUCACUCAUAUUUCAUAUAAGGCGCAGUCUACAAAGGAGAUUCCUAUUGAGAAGGUUUGUGAGACUACCGAUGAGGAGGCUGCUGCUCUUAUGCGGAGGAGCGCUGCUUGGCGAUUGGAGGGGGAGAAGGAGUUGCAGAAGCAGUGGCAUGAAAGAGCGCGUCUAUGA